AUGACGCGAACCGCGCCCAACUGGGGCCCCAAGAGGCUGUUGGCUCUGGCCACUGCCAUGGCCACCGGAACCCUCGCCGACUCCAUUCUCAAGACGAGCAGUUUCACGACUUGCGGCAACGAAACCGCCAUCACCGUCCAGAAGGUUGACAUCCAGUACAACAACGACAACAAGACAGUCACUUUCGAUGUGGCAGGAACGAGCACCAAGUCCCAGAACGUCACGGCUAUCUUGGACGUCUCGGCCUACGGCACCGCCAUCUACUCCAACUCCUUCAACCCUUGCGAAGCAGCAACCUACGUGGAGCAGCUUUGCCCUGUCCCCGCCGGUUCUUUCUCUGCUCGCGGUAGCCAGACGAUCCCCGACCAGUACGCCAGCAUGGUUCCCGCCAUCGCCUUUGCCGUCCCCGACAUCGCCGCCCAAGCCAAGUUGCAGCUCAAGGCUCUCGACUCGAAUGAGGAGGUCGCCUGCAUCACGUCCCAGGUCACCAACGGCAAGACGGCCAGCGUUGCCGCCGUCUCGUACAUCGCCGCCGGUGUCGCUGGCCUCGCCCUCGUCGCCACCGGUGUGUCCGCCGCCAGCUCUGCGUUCGCUGGAGGCAGCGCUGCUCUCAGCAGCGGCGGCACCGGUGGUGCCGGCACGAUCAGCCCCAGUUUCACCGAGGUCUUUGGGUGGUUCCAGGGCAUGGCCAUGAACGGCAUGCUCUCCGUCAGCUACCCUCCCGUCUACAGCAGCUUCGUCAAGAACUUUGGCUUUUCCACCGGCAUCAUCCCCUGGACCGACAUGCAGAUCGCCAUUGACAACUUCCGUGGAAUGACCGGCGGUGAUCUCAGCAAGGACAGCGUUGAGACGCUCAAGAACACCACUCUCAUUCUCGCCGACGGCUCCACCGUCGACGGUGGCAGUGCCCUUUUCAAGACGAAGCGCGCCAUGGAGGCUUUCAACACGCUCGUGUUGAGAGAGAUCGAGACGAGCGUCAACGGAACGUCCAGCGACUCGGACGACCCGAUCACCACCAUCAAGCAGAAGGUCCAGGGUAUCACGGCUUUCGUCAACACUCUCAGCGUGCCCAAGUCCAACACCUUCAUGACCGUCCUCCUGAUCGUCGCCAUCGUCAUUGCCGCCAUCAUUGUCGGCAUUCUCCUCGUCAAGGUCAUCCUCGAGUUCUGGGCCCUCUUCGGCAACUUCCCCAAGUCCCUCUCCGGUUUCCGUGAACACUACUGGGGAUCCAUUGCCCGUGCCGUCACCUCGCUCAUCAUGCUGCUCUACGGCAUCUGGGUCCUGUACUGCAUCUUCCAGUUCACCAACGGAGACUCGUGGGCCGCCAAGGUUCUCGCCGGCGUCACUCUGGGUAUCUUCACGGGCAUCCUCGCCUUCUUCUCAUACAAGAUCUGGAGCACCGCUCGCAAGCUGAAGCAGGCCGAGGGCGACGUUAGCGGCCUCUACGACGACAAGUCCAACUGGAUGAAGUACAGCCUCUUCUACGAGUCCUACAGGAAGGACUACUGGUGGAUCUUUGUCCCGGCCAUCAUCUACAUGUUCGCCAAGGGCUGCAUUCUCGCCGCCGGUGACGGUCACGGCAUGGCCCAGACGGCUGCCCAGCUCAUCGUCGAGGGUCUGAUGCUGUGCCUCCUGCUGUGGUCCCGUCCCUUUGAGCGCAAGUCCGGCAACGUCAUCAACAUCACCAUCCAGGUCGUCCGUGUGCUUUCCGUCGCCUGCAUUCUCGUCUUCGUCGAGGAGUUCGGCAUCGCCCAGACCACCCAGACCGUCACCGGUGUCGUCUUGAUCGCCGUCCAGUCCGCCCUGACCGGCAUCCUCGCGCUCCUGAUCGUGUGGAACGCCAUCAUCGCCUGCUGCAAGGAGAACCCUCACCGCAAGCGCAGAAAGGAGAUGGAGAAGAUGCAGCGCGACAUGGACACCCUUACUCCCCUGGACGCCCGCAACUCCCUCCUCAUGGACCGCAAGGACCCCGAGCACGGCACCACCUUCUCCAUGUCCAGCGUCCCCGAGAAGCGGGACAACCGCUCGGAGUCCCCCGACUACCUGGGCGCCCCGGGCCACGCCCCCUACCGCCCCCUGACCCCCAACGCGCCGUACAACCAGGCCAACUCGAGCCACGAGAACCUCGUCCUCGGCGCCGCGCCCAUUGCCGACAGGAAGCCGACACUGCCCAACGUGGGCGGCGACUACCAUGCGGGUGGAUACGGCGGUGGUGGGUACCGGGGUGCGUAUUAG